AUGACUGGGUAUACUCUUAAGGUAUUUCGGAUUUUCAUUGUGAAUGAGGUUGAUUUGGAUGGAAAUGUUGUGCAUUUAACUUCAUUGCAUUUGGCUGAAAACAAGGAAGAGAUUUUCUUUCUUCCGAGUUCGGAUAAAGUACACCGCACGGCGGUGCACAACUUCUUCAAGGAAAAACUGAAAUUUCUUGUCACAGACACAAUAGAUGGUCCUAAAGAUUCAUCGAAAUGCAUUCGAGUGAGACCUAAUUCUUCAGGAAAUCAAAAUAAUGGAAGAAAUUUUCGCAAGCGGAAAGAUAGGAAUGAGAAGCCAUUUGAUAAAAGAGGUUCUCAUGACUGGCCAGAGCAUCUUGGCAAGUUCCUCAGGUUUCAUCUUUACAAGGAGAACAAGGAUACUCAAGAGGUCUUGAGGUUGAUUGGCAAGAUGCUUGGUGUCCAGCCUAAAUCAUUUGGAUUUUCAGGUACCAAGGAUAAACGUUCUGUGUCCACUCAACAGGUAUAUUUCUCUUUACAGCCGAGCUUAAUGUCGUUACUCAUUUUAUCUUCUUUUUUGUCCAUUGACUGAUAUGUAAUGUUCCAUCGAUGUAUUUCUCCAAUUUAAUUUUUCAUUUGUUUAUUUGCUGGAAGUUAUAAUCUUGUAAAAUUGCUUGUGGUGAUAUGUAAAACUGCUGUUCAUGUGACCUUUAAAUCCCAAGGUUUAGAGGUUUUCAUUGAAGCAUAAAUGUACUGGUUUUCAUUGAAGCAUAAAUGUACCUAGUUUUCUUGAUCUUUUAUUGCUUCAUUCUUGAAGUUGACUUCCAGAUUUCCAAUUGCUUUUAGGCCUUUCUGGUUUUUUCUAACAACUGAAGUCUUUUUUUUUUUCAGGAACUUGUUCAUCUGCUUUAUGUUAAGAAAAAACAUGAGUGAAACUGUGAAUUUGUGAAAAUAUAAAAAGAGAAAUUUUGUAGUUCAUGAUUCUUCCUUUAUUAUUUAUUUUUUAAUAAUAUUUCGAUGUUGUUCAUGCUUUUGAAGUAACAAUUUUAAGUGAAAUCCUGUCAGAGGGAGAAUUCUUGUUUGUGUCUGCAUUUAAAAAAAAAAAAAAAAAAAAAAAAAUACUAUUCUCUCUCCUUGACCCUUCUUGUAACCUUUCUUUUCAGGAGUCAUAUUGUCAAAGCAUCUCCUUUCCUUUUUAAUAUGUAGUUAUUGGGUCCAAUUUUAUAGUCCAUAACUUCAUGUGGUAUCCAAUGGCAUACUACAUAUAUAUAUGUUCUG